AUGGCGAUGCGCGUCACCGUGGCUCUCUUGAGCUCUGAGAGGGUCGAGAUCUGCGAAGAUGCGGAGGAGACCAGCAUCGCGCAGCUGCGGCGGUCUGCACAAGCUGCCUUCCGGCGCCAGGGCACGUUGCCCAAGCUCAGCGGCAUCCGAUGGCUCAUCAACAGUCGGGGUGAGAAGCUUGCGUCAGCCAGCACCUUGCGUGAGGCCGGCGUGCUUGAGCAGGAGGUGCUCACGGCCAUCCUAUGCCGAGAUGAGCUGAUCUUGGACGAAUGCGCGUGCUCUGUCUUGAAGGGAGAUGGCUCCGUGCUGACCUUCAGCAGUCGCCGCUCCUGCACCCUCGGGGGAAAGUUUGCCUUCACAAUGGAGCUUUUUUGUGCCUUGGCCUUCUAA